AUGGCCGAAGUCAGCCCCUUCGCGGAGCUGCUCGGGCAGGCCUUCUAUCACUUCGACCGCGUCAAGCCUCUCCUUCCGACAUACGGCCACCUGCUUGUUUCGGCGCUGUUUCCCAUCUGGAUCGGUGCUCAUGCCUCCCUGUCGCGGCCUUCCUCUGCCGCCAAACCCUCGAAGGAAGACACGGAUCCCGAAGACACCGACGAUGAGGAGGAGGAAUCAAGUCCCAUGCAGAAGAUGGAGAACCUUGAAGCAUCAGAUGCCUUGAUGUUUCCCUUGACGGCGGGACUAACACUGGGUGGUCUGUACAUGGUGAUCAAAUGGCUGGAAGAUCCGGCCAUUUUGAACAAGAUCCUCAGCUUCUACUUCUCUCAGAUGGGACUGUUCUUCGCCAUUGCGUUUCUGAAAGACACUCUCUUGGUUCUGAGGUCGUUUCUCUUUCCUAGAUACUAUCGGCAUGCAGGAAAGCUUUGGCAGGUGAACCAAUCCGAGCGCGUUUUCAAGGCUUCUGCGACAGACAUACGGUGCUCGCCUCUUCCGGGCAUCCUUGGUGCAGUUCCUCUGCCCAACAAGAUCCUGGCCAUGCUCUGGACUUGUCGCCAUGUGGCAUACCAACGACUCAGACUUCGUGCUCAUGUACGCGGCCUGCUGAAUGCCAAAGGACUGGUCGGAUUGCUGGAUCUCCUGAGCGGAACCAUUGCUCUGAUCGCCGUGGGCUAUUUCGCGUUUGUGACUAAACCGUGGUGGUUGACCAACUUCCUCGGCUUCAGCUUCUGCUACGGAGCUCUGCAAUUCAUGUCGCCUUCGACGUUCUGGACGGGCUCGCUCAUUUUGGGAUCUUUAUUCUUCUAUGACAUCUACUUUGUCUUUUUCACGCCUCUCAUGGUCACGGUCGCCACCAAACUCGAUGUACCAAUCAAGCUACUCUUCCCACGGCCCACCGAAGACCCGGACGUCGUGUCGUUGGCCAUGCUGGGUCUUGGUGAUAUCGUUGUUCCUGGCAUGAUGGUUGGUCUGGCCCUACGCUUUGAUCUGUUUCUGUAUUACCAGCGCAAGGGACUGCAAAAGGCACAAGCAGAAAAGUCGUCCGAGGAAGCGAUUGUCAAGCCCGAGUACCAGUCGGCCACCGGCGCUUGGGGGGAACGAUUCUGGGCGUCGUCGAUCGCGCCAGGUGAGCCUGAGCUCCAACCCCCGUACCACGAUGCACGGUCUUUCCCGAAGACAUACUUCAAAGCCAGUGUGGUCGGGUAUAUCUUCGGAAUGAUCGCCACUCUUUUGGCCAUGCAAUUCUCAAACCAUCCCCAACCGGCUCUCUUGUAUUUGGUUCCCGGUGUUUUGACCUCGUUGUGGGGAACUGCGUGGUCCAAGGGCGCGAUUCGCACCAUGUGGGAAUUUUCUGAUGCAGAGGAGGUGGAAGAGGAUGAUGCAGAGAAAAAGAAGGAGGAGGAGGGUAAAAGCAAAGACCCCACACAAAGCCAGAAGAGUCUGAUCAUGCGUCUCUUCUCGGGCGAUGUGAAGGCAUUCGGACCAGCCGAUAAGAGCUCAGACAAACAGACGACCAAAAAGGCAAGUGAGAACGACUUAGACUCAAAGUCUGAUGAAAGCAAGAACGAUGAUGAUGGUCAGGACGAAAAGAAAGCGGUCGAUGAUGAUCUGGACUUGGUCUCCUUCUCUAUCUCGUUCCCCCGCAAAUCUAAGAAGGAAGCUAGCGAUGGUUCAUCCGCUGGAGAAGAUGAAACAGAUGAUAUGAUCGUUGUUUCUGACCUCAGCAACGGUGGAAACGAGCCACCCGCGAAGAGAAGACGACGCAGCCCGAAGAACGAGACUACAUCAGGCUAG